CGACACUUCUCGUCACUCCUGCCAGCAGACCGAGCAGCGCUCCGAGCAGCUGGAGACGCCGCAGGGGACGAGAUGGGACGAUUCAAAUACUGAUGUGAUGGGCUGUUGAUGGAGAGGAUUUCGAAUGUCAGCCGGGACAGUGGUCAUCGCAGGAGGAGUUCUGGCUACAGUCAUCUUACUGACCAUCGUUGCUGUGCUGUGUUUAUGUAGGUUACAGUAUUACUGCUGUAAGAAGGAGGAGUCUGAGAAGGGGGAAGAGGAGGAACCGGAGCUCUCCAGCAUGUCGCCGUCCCGCCCCCUGGCUCUACCUGCUCCUCCUUCGCCUCCGACGCCGGAACACUUCCACGAAGAACCGGCGCCGUACCCUCCGACCUUCCUCACCGAGGCAAACGGGCCGACUAGCUACUCCCCCACGCCGCCUCCCCCUCGCAGGUGCCAGCGCUCACAUGCCUUCUGCCCGUCCUGCGCUCGCUGUACACUGCCCUUCUACCUGCAGCACCCCGAGAGGCUGUGCAACGGCGGGCGCAGGAUAAGCUACAGGACUGUGCAGCAGGAAGACCUGGACCUACCCAUUGACCUGGCCAGUUUCUACCAUAAGCUCAAUCUGAUCCGCUCGGUCACCAUGAGGGAGGUGGUCACUCACAGCGUCAGCACUGACGUCUAA